CGCUGCUGUUGCUAGGAGACCGGAGUCGCCAGGAGGAGGAGCCGCCUUAGCCUCGGCAGCAGAAGGGAGUGGGCCGCCGAGGCUGGAGGAGCACAGGCAGGCGCAGCAGCGGGGAGCUCUGGGUAAGGAGGGCUCGGCUCGCUGCCUCUGCUGCUGCUGCUGCAACAACGCUAAGCUGCCUCUGCUGCUGCUGCUGCUUUGGGAGUGAGGAGAAGCGGGCUGCAGCCAUGCUGAAUCGCAGGCGCUGAUUUCCCUCCCGGGAAGAAGAAGAGGAGGAGGAGGAGAAGAGGCGGCCGUGUUGGCCAGCGAGAGGUGCAUGCAGGGCUCAGGCGCACAAUGGACGACGAAAGCAUCAAGAGAUGCCCCCAGCCACCUGAGGCAGAUGGCGAUAAGGACCAGCGAACAGUGACCAUCAAUUCAUGUCACAUGGGAAAGGCAUUCAAAGUCAUGAACGAAUUGAGAAGUAAGCGGCUCCUCUGUGAUGUGGUAAUUGUUGCUGAAGAUGUUGAGAUUGAAGCCCAUCGUAUUGUCCUGGCAGCCUGCAGUCCUUAUUUCUGUGCCAUGUUUACAGGAGAUAUGACUGAAAGUAAAGCAAAGAAGAUUGAGAUCAAAGAUGUUGAUGGACUAACUUUGAGUAAGCUGAUUGAUUACAUCUACACUGCUGAAAUCGAAGUGACAGAAGAGAAUGUUCAGGUUUUGUUGCCAGCAGCCAGCCUAUUACAGCUAAUGGAUGUUCGACAAAACUGUUGUGACUUUCUUCAGUCUCAGCUCCAUCCCACAAAUUGCCUUGGAAUCCGCGCCUUUGCAGAUGUGCAUACUUGCUCAGAACUAUUGCAGCAGGCCAACGCCUAUGCAGAGCAGCAUUUUCCUGAAGUGAUGCUUGGUGAAGAAUUUCUUAGUCUGAGCCUGGACCAGGUUUGCAGUUUGAUAUCAAGUGACAAGCUUACAGUUUCAUCAGAGGAAAAGGUUUUUGAAGCUGUCAUUUCUUGGAUAAAUUAUGAAAAAGAGUCCCGCCUGGAACACAUGGCAAAGCUGAUGGAACAUGUCCGACUCCCUCUCUUGCCCAGAGAUUAUCUUGUACAGACAGUUGAAGAAGAAGCUUUAAUUAAGAAUAACAACACAUGUAAAGACUUUCUUAUUGAGGCCAUGAAAUACCACUUACUUCCACUGGAUCAGAGACAGCUGAUAAAGAAUCCUAGAACAAAACCAAGAACACCAGUUAGUCUGCCAAAGGUAAUGAUUGUUGUGGGUGGGCAAGCACCCAAAGCCAUUCGGAGUGUAGAGUGUUAUGACUUUGAAGAGGAACGAUGGGAUCAAGUUGCUGAACUUCCUUCCCGGAGAUGUAGGGCAGGAGUGGUGUUCAUGGCAGGCAAAGUCUAUGCUGUGGGAGGUUUUAAUGGCUCUUUACGGGUCCGAACAGUGGAUGUAUAUGAUGGAGUGAAAGACCAGUGGACAUCGAUAGCUAGCAUGCAGGAAAGACGAAGCACUUUAGGGGCAGCUGUGCUAAAUGAGCUCCUUUAUGCUGUUGGGGGAUUUGAUGGAAGCACAGGCCUGGCAUCUGUGGAGGCCUAUAACUACAAAAUCAAUGAGUGGUUUUUUGUGGCACCUAUGAACACGAGAAGGAGCAGCGUUGGAGUUGGAGUUGUGGAAGGGAAACUAUAUGCCGUUGGUGGCUACGAUGGGGCAUCACGUCAGUGCCUUAGUACGGUAGAACAGUACAAUCCAGCUACAAAUGAGUGGGCUUACGUGUCAGAUAUGAGUACUCGGCGCAGCGGUGCAGGUGUUGGUGUCCUUAGUGGGCAGUUGUACGCUACUGGAGGGCACGAUGGUCCUUUGGUAAGAAAAAGUGUAGAGGUUUAUGAUCCUGGAACAAAUACUUGGAAACAAGUAGCUGACAUGAACAUGUGUCGAAGAAAUGCAGGUGUCUGUGCAGUGAAUGGUCUUCUCUAUGUAGUUGGAGGAGAUGACGGCUCUUGCAAUUUGGCUUCUGUAGAAUACUACAAUCCUGUCACAGAUAAAUGGACAUUAUUGCCAAACAAUAUGAGCACUGGAAGAAGUUAUGCAGGUGUAGCUGUGAUCCAUAAACCAUUGUGACACACAUUGAUGUGAGUGCAUAAGAAAAAAAGUACCAUCUAUCUAGUUUGGUGGAGAUUGGAAAAUGCUGAUAAUCUAACACUUAACUGCCACACAAGUAUUGCCCUCCCAGCAUGACAACGAUAUACCAGGACUGUUGACCUCUGCUUGGCAGUGAGCAUUGCAGACAUGUGAAAACCCUGCUAUGAACAUGCUUGAAAAAUGACAUGUUGCUUGGGUUUUUGUGUGUGCGUGUGUGCAGUCAGCUGUUUUAUGUACAGCUAGGACUGAAUUUGAAGUGAUCACCCCAAGAGAAACGAAGUAUUUCUCUUUGCCAUUUGACUUGGAGUACUUCACUACUGAACAUGGACAAACGCUAUCUGUUCUACCAUGCAUUUUCUAUCUACUUACUUAACCCCAGUUGGACAAAUUUACUACUGAGAACCAGCCCUGAAACCAAAGGACAAUAGACUGGGAAUCCUGGCUCAAUAUAGCAUCUUUGUCUUCAUAAUGUGUACAUAUGCUAGUUGACUACUAUAUAUACAUACUUUUGGGCAUUGGAGGUAUGCAUUUGUAUGAUUUCUAUCCUAGUCAUUGAACUGCAUUCAACAAAUCUCUUCUAUAAUCAAAUGAGCCACGCACUGUCUUUCCCGGGGGGAAAUUACACUUCAUCUACCCAAAGACUAGUAAUAUCACUAGUGUAGUGUUUAGGAGCUUAUUGCCAUUUCAAAAUGAUGUCUGCUUAAGGCUGACCUUUAAAAUGGGGUUCAGGGUGAUAAAUUGAUAAUGAUUUUUUUUUUUGGCUUUUACCAGUCACUGAAAGUUCAAGCUGAACCCACACCACUUUUUCAAGGAUAUUUACAUACAGUGAAAUUUGCAUUUUGAAAUAACCAAACUCUGAUUGCCACCAGAUUCCAGGGAAACUUGGAAUUCAGUAGUUAAUUUAAGUUUCCAGUCAGGCUCUGAAAGCCACAUCAGGCAGAACCAUCUAGAAUGUGGCAUGUAUUGAUGACAUUGCCAUGUGUAAGAGUUGAGAGACUUCUGACCAAGCCUUCCGGUGCAAAAGAGAACUGCCAACUCGGUAACUCCUGGAACCCCCCCCCCCCCCCCCCCCAGUAAAUCCUAACUAUAUUUAGAUUAGGACAGGCUGGGUUCCUAUAUCCCUCCAACAUGCCGCUCAUUCAUUUGGCCAAACAUAAUCAAUUUGAUGGUAUUUCUAACCUACAAGUGUCUUAAUGUUUCCAUUCCACAAUCUUCUAAUUCUUCCAGCUAUUUCUCUUCAUGGAUACAGUUUUAAAUAUUUUCUAUAUUCUUGUUUUUAUAGCUGUGCAGAGCCAUUCCUUGAAGUUGUAAGCAUUUAUUUUCCAAAGAAAGGAGGAGGAUGAGGAGGACAAAAAAUAAACAUGUUUAAAUAUAGGAAAGCCAAAUUCAUCUAAAUGGUUUGAUGCAUAUCUAAAAUCCUCCUAGUUUCAUUCUUAUUCCAAACCAUAAUCAGACUGAGCAUAUUUGUCUAGAAAGUUUAUAUGUUGAUUUCCAAUUAUUCUGGCAUAUAUAUAAUACCAACAAAAAGGUUUAAAAUUAUUAGGAAAAUAAUCACCCCUUCCUUGCUCAUGCUCUUACUAUGUAAAUAUUAAGGAAGAGCACUUAAUUUCUUUCUUAUACAGUCAGACACAUUUUCUAGUACUCAAAACAUUUGUCAAUUAUCAGCAGUGAAGCAGAAAAAAACCUGAUUUUUGACCAGUGUUGCAAAUGUAAGACGGGAUUUUCUCUAACAAGGGCUUUCAUCCAGUAAUUCUUAAAGAACAAAACAUUUUCCUUGAAAUCCCAGCGCUUCGUCUUAUGAUGCAUUUGUACUCUGGCACAGACACAUGUAGUAUCAAACUACCCUUUAAGAAUGCAUAUAGAGGAAUUGCAAUAUCUCUUUUAAAUGCAUGUAAGCUGCACCCUGGUUGUUGCCUGGUCAGUAUUUGUAUGCAUCUUUUAAGAUGCACACAGCAAUUUCUAAAUGUAUUUUUUGCCUCUUGCCAGUGCUACCAAGGAAUUACUUUCAGAGCUGAAGAUGAGGCAUGAUACUUUCUUGAUUUAGAGUGCUGAUCUAUAUAUAUAGUCCCCAGUCUUUAAUAACAGCUCUAAUAUUUAGAUUUAUUUUGCUACUUUUAUUUUAUGACAAAUUUCAGUUAGAAAUAUUUAUGGGGAAUUUUUUAUAGCACACACGUGCAACUCUUGGUUUUCCAGAAAUUGUUGAGCUGGAACCUCCAUCAUCCUCAAUUCAGCAUAGCUAAUAAUGGUGAGGGAAUAUGGGAGUUACAGUCUAAUAACAUUGGAAGAACCCUAGCUACCAAUCCAUGAUCUGUAGGAUUGUUGUGUGUGACAUCCAGCUCUCUGCAAGUGGGCUUCUGCCCAAGUGUCAAGACUUCCUCUUCCUCUCCUUCGCCUGAAUCCCUCUCCUGCAUUUUCCCCCCACAGAGGAUUACAUAACAUUUUUUGAGAGUGCAUAGGAAUCCACAAUGGAAAGGGAAAACCCAAUUCCAGCAGGGAUAUCUGUUCUAGUGACAGAUGGACACUUGUAUUUCACCCACUAAGCUCCCCUAACUGCAGUUAUACACCUAUCUAUUUUGGAGUAAGCCCUGUGAGAUCUUCUGAUGAAUAAACAUGUAGGGGAUUCUGCCAUUAAUCUCAUUGUUGCUAAAAUGGAUCAUGUAAAAGGUGGGAAAAGCAUCUAGUGACUUCUGUAUGGAGAAUGCAUUAGAUUGCUCAAUCUAUUUAUAUAUGCCAUGAAAUCCCUCCAUGCUUCCUGAUAUUACCUGCUGAAUCGAUUAAGUGCUAAGAGGCCAUACACAUUUGCUAAAGCAGAUGUUACAGAUGCCCUAUAUGCAGAUGAAGUAUCAAUUUGAUGGUGCUCAUUACACCACCAAAGCUAAAUGCCAGUCAUAUUUUACCUUGGGCAGGCAUAAGGUUAUAUUUGUGCUAACCUGGCCUUACUGUAUUCUAAAAUGGCACUUCUCUUCCUGCAUCUCAUGGAAAAAUUACCAAACCAUAGAGUGUACUGGCUGUCAAUAAACGACCAAGGCACUUAUAACUGGCUUGAUCUCAGCUAAGAGCCACUUAUCACUGGCAAAUAGUAUAUGUCACUCAUGUGUAUAAACUUGCUGGAUUAAUGCAAGUCAAGUGACCUCAUUUUUCAGCUAUGCAAUAUUAAUCAUUGCUACACAACAGCCAGCUGCAAUAGCCCCUUUAAAGCGCUUGUGAAAUACCUUACAUUCUGUGUUCAUUUUUAAUAUUUGUACUGUGCCGAUUCUGAGCAUCUGAGCCAGAUCCUUUCAAAGAUUGCCUUUUUAUAGGGCUUGGAAAUGUAGCUUUACAGCUAGUAAAUUUUAGUGUAUCUAUUUUUGUAAGAUGAUUCUUAAAGACUUCUUAGCUCUCCUUUUAUUUUGGUGGCAUUAUGAUUAGUGUCUAAUCCUUACGCCAUGGGCCUGAUUUUCACUAGCCAUUUGUGUAUGAUGGCUUGUAACUUUCUUGCAUGAAAAGAGGAUAUCCUUCUGUUUCUUUUUCUGAAAAGGACAAUAACUGGACUCAUGUUAAUUUAAACAGUGAACCAUUACUGCCAUUAUUAAUGUCAUGAAUUGCUGCAUUUAUAUAAACAAAUAAUUUCCUUGAAAACGUUGGGCCUUUUUGAUUAGCCCAAAGAGUGCACUAAGGUGAUUGCAUCUCUCUUCCCUGCUCUCAUGUCUGAACGAAAUGUUAUCUGAAGUUGAUAUUGAACAUAAAACCAGAAAAAAUAAUGGCUCUGUGAUUGGUCCUUUAUACAAUAGGUCAGUAUAUCAAAAGUCUAUUUUGUGUUUCUAUAAAUAAACUAUGAAAAAUCUCUUAUCUAAUGGCUGGUUUAUUUGGCCAUAAUUUACCAUAAAUCUGUGAUAUAAAUCCAAAACCUAACAGCAUAUCCAAAGGAUUGCAUGUGUGCCUGUCUUCCAGAUAUGCUCAGAAUUACUUUGCAGGCUUUCCCUGUCAGAAUACAGCUUUAAACCAUAAAAGGAAAAGGAAUUUGACAUGACAUGAAAGUAAAAUGUUUACUGAGGCACACGUGGUAUUUUCUCCCAAGUUUUCAAUUUGAAUUGCUCUUGCAGCAAAUCUCCAACCAGUAUUCUAAACUUGGGAAGUUUAAAAAACAGUUUGAGCAUUUUAGUGCACCUAGUUUUUGCCCUCUGGAUCAUUGCCAAAAGCAUAAUACUUAUAAGAGGAACUAGAAUUAUGUUGCUGUGGUUUACAUAGAAAUCUGAAAGGAAGUUAUUUUCACUGCCAUCGUAUUUCGAACUACCUGCUGACCCUGUAUGAAUUUUGUAUGGUGGUUAGAUUGAGUAAAGGUAAUUCAGCUCAACUGGGUCCUGUUCCAUAUUUAAAUGUGACCUUGUGUAUUUGGUAUGGUACAGUUACACUGGGAAAAAUAUUGGGAGUUGGGCAGUGAAUUGAUUUUUUUUUUUUGCACAAUUUGUAUACCAAGAAUUUUUGAUAUUCUGUUAUUUAGGAAACUUCCCCAUUCAAGAAGUUUUAUUUAUGCAAAAGGUUUAUGAUUUUCCUUCCUGUUUAUCUUUAGGAUAAAUAGAUACACAAAUGCAGUGUAAUUAAAGUUGGUUCAGAUUUGAAGCAUUGGUGGCUAAAGAGAAAUUUUGAUUGUGUCUGUGUGAAUUAUAGCUGUACCAGAACAUUUUUUCCUGAAAACAUAGUCAUUACAAUCAGACAGGUUCCAGAAUGUAUGAUUCUGUAUUUCCUUGAAUAAUACCAUGAUUUGCUCCUAAACCACAACCUGAAGCCACAGUUUCAUUCUGCUUUAUGAGCAGAUUAUGGUUUGAAUAAACCAAUGUUUGCUGCAUUUGGACACAGGCAAAUACAAAUCAGUUUAGAACAAUCAUUCCUAUAGUACACUCCAGAUAUUUUUACUGCAUUUCUCAGCAUUCCUAAUCAUUGGCCAUGCUAGCUGUACCCGAUUGAAAGGUUGUUUAGAAAAACUUGCCAUCCCAGGGAAAGAAGGAGCUCAUAACCCUGAAUUUCCUUGUGUUUCUACUGCUAAACAUUGGCAAAACAAAUCAAACAAAAAAAAUCUAAAUGCACCUAUCAUCUGAGAAAUGUAAUAUGGAUAAGAAUCUAGCAUUUUUUGCAGAGUUUUAAAAUUAUUUUAUUUUUCUGUAUAGUAAGAAAUAUAGCGUGUAAAUACAUUGUAUAAAAUACAUUUAAAAGAAGAUUGUAAAAGCAUUCACCUUGGAUGCACAGAUUUUUUUAAAAAAAUAAAAUAGACUUGAGAUAAAAUAUAGCUGUGACCCCCAUACCAAUUAAUUUAGCAUACUCACAUUUAAUUAAAUUUGCAGCCCAGUCCUAUGCAUAUUUAUUCAGAAAUAGAGCUCGCUUUGUUUAGAGGGACUUCUAUCUAAAUAAAUGUGCACAGAACUGCAGUCUUGGUUCUGUUUUUAAUCAUACUACUCAUGGCAUCCAUUGGUUAUUUCCUAUUAAUAGCUGGUUUUUGCUGUGGGACCAACUUGUUUGUGAUGCAAUUUUUCUAUUUUUCAUGUCAGCAACGCUGCUUAGAAAUAGAACUAUUUCAAAAAACUACUUUGCCAACAGGAGGUCUUAUCUGUUUUCCAGCAUGUUGAAUUUUGGUUGAAUAAAGCUGAGCAAAUGAAA